AUGAUUGUAUAUCAACUUGCUGAAUUUAUUCCAGUGAAUGAUAAUUCUCGAGUAUUGACGAUAUUUCCAGUAUUCACACAAGAUGCAUGUGCCUGUCAAUGUUAUGCUAAUCGUUGGUGUAUUACAGCGAAUUUUAAUCAAAAGAAUCAAAAUUGUACUCUGUACUAUGCACAACUCGAGGAAGGAAAUGUUAAAAUAAUACUUGAUAAUUCCAGCAAUGUGCUUCGUUUUUCAAACAGAACUAGUGAUUUAAUAUUUACUGGCAAUGUGUUAAUUAACGGUGACGCAGAAAGUGGUCCAUGUGCACCAUAUGGUAAUGUUUCAAGUCCCAUUAGUUGGAGUUAUAAUGGACCAAUAACACAAAUAUAUUAUACCAAUGUGGAUUUUGGUGGGCAAACACCUACAUCACCGGGUCCAAGUGAUCGUGGCCAGUGUCAUUUCUAUGGGCAAAUAUCUUCAGUGACUCAAAUGUGGCAAACAGGAAACAUUACACAUUUUGUUGAUCCUAUUCUUAUUGAUAAUCAGAUAAUCUGGUUCGAUUUUUCAGCUUGGAUCGGCGGCUAUUGGGAUCAAAAAGAUUAUGCUCAAGUGUCAUUGAUGUUCUUCGAUCGAACUAAUCAAACAGUAGGUAAUACCACUAUUCUUGGACCGGUACUCGACACAGAUCGAAAUUAUAUAACUUCAUUGCUCUUUCGACAAGCAAAUGGACUUGUACCAGUUGGUACUCGUUUUUUCAAAGUUCUUGUUACAAUGACUCGCAUAGCUGGAGGCAAUAAUAAUGGUGAUGUUGACAAUAUUGUUCUUAUUUUUCAUGAAUGA